UUUUCACAGCUGCAGUAUAAAGAAAACACUGUUUUGCCGACUGUGGGGUCUGAAGAGGUAACAAUCCCGGGCAGACCAGUCUGGUGUUUAUUCUCAUUUCAAGGUGAACAGAAGAUGGAUGUCGCCGAAUUGUCUGACUCACCGGGGGUCAUUCAAGAAUCUUGCGAAGAGUCAAUGGACCAAGCACGAUCAACAAUAACCAAAAUUUUCAAUGGCGAGCCGCACUCCUACACACGAUUUAACCUGACCCAAAACAUGGAAGGUGACAACAGCCAAGUGGAGAUGAAGCUUUCCUCUGACAUGGAUGAGGAGGUUGGGGGGAACGGCGUUGGGGAGCGCCACGGUCAUGUCUCCAACCGCAAACCCUACGUAACCCAAAGGUUUGGUCGUACACCCAAAAACCUGAUCUUCAUGGCAGCAGCUGUCCUCCUCAUUUUUAUCAUCGGAUUCUUGAUCGGCUACCUGGUUCAGCAGAGUAAAGCCUUGGCCCCCACCUGUGCUCCCUCUGUCGUCCCUGCUGGCCUCCCUGCUGACGUCCCUGUUGAACAUGAGACAGGUGCUGCUCCCCUCAUGGACUGGGACGUUGUCAAAGGCCUACUUGCUAAACAACUGGGUGCAGGCAGAUUAGACUCUGUUUUCAGCGAGUUUUUGAGUAACGACCACCAGGCUGGUUCUGAUGGUGAUGAAAUCCUGGCUAAUAGAGUGCUCAGAAAGUUUAAACAGUAUGGCAUGAAAACCUGGACUGACGAGCACUUUAUCAAGGUUCAGGACCCUCCAACUACUGUCUCAAACAAAAUCGUUUUCAAGAACUUGGAGAUAAAACAAACUGGAUUCCUGUCCUACAGUGCCACUGGAAGUGUAACGGGUGCUGUGCUCUAUGGCCAUUAUGGGCGGGAAGCUGACUUCAGGCUGCUGCGAGACAAGAACAUUGACAUUAAUGGGAGGGUGAUGCUCAUCAGAGCUGGUAGGAACAGCUUUGCAGAGAAGGUGGCCAAUGCUGCCAAAUUGAAUGCCUCCGCUGUGCUGAUCUAUCCUGACCCCACUGACUACUCUUUUGGAGAGACCACUGAGCUUUAUGGACAUGUCCACUUGGGUUCCGGUGAUCCUUACACCCCUGGCUUCCCCUCCUUCAACCACACCCAGUUUCCUCCCAUACAGUCUUCAGGCCUCCCCAAAAUCUUGGCUCAGACUAUUACACAAGCCACAGGAAUCAAGAUACUGAGGAGUCUGGGAGGUCAGAAUCCGCCUGACGAUUGGGUUGGUUUCAGCAAACUAGGAGACAGUAAUGACAUGGUUACUGUGGAAGUCAACAAUGUUCUUGUUGAGAAGAAGAUAAAUAAUGUCUUCGGGGUCAUCAAAGGCUUCGUGGACGCAGACCGCUACGUGGUUAUUGGUGCCCAGAGAGAUGCAUGGGGUCCAGGCUUUGCUGCAUCAACGGUGGGCACCAGCGUCCUGGUUGAGCUGGCCCGUUCCAUCUCAGACAUGGUGAAGAACGAUGGAUUCAAGCCACGGAGGAGUAUUGUGUUUGCCAGCUGGAGCGGUGGCGAAUAUGGGAGCGUUGGUGCCACUGAGUGGUUAGAGGGUUAUCUGUCUUCUCUGAGCAUGAAAGCCUACACCUACAUCAGCCUGGAUGGCAUUGUUACAGGUCGCAGUGGAUUUAAAGUAGCGGCCAGUCCCUUGCUUCACAGCCUGAUUGGAAGCACACUGAAGGAGAUACAGAUGGACACUGGGACUCUGGCCUCGAACUUUGGAGGAAGCAAAUGGGAAAAAGAAAUAUUGCAGCCUCUGAAGAUGGACAACGCUGCAUAUCCCUUCCUUGCCUUUUCUGGCAUUCCCUCAGUCUCUUUUGGAUUCACUGCUGGUAGUUCAGACUACACUUACUUCGGCACAAAACUGGACACCAUGGAGAGGCUCAGGACUGCCACUGCCGGCCAAAUGUCUGCGCUGGCUGAAAAGGCAGCACGAUUUGCAGGUCAUAUCACGCUGAGGCUGGUCCAUGAUCAUCUGCUGCGGUUCGACCUGAUGAAGUAUGACUCCAUAAUCCGUACCCAAGUAGCUCAGAUCUACAUGAAGGUCAAAACUAUUCAGAGGCUGCAGCCUAAUAUCCUGCCCAAGGCCCUGACAAUGCAGUGGUUGAUGUCAGCCUCUGGCUCCUACAGCCGCGCCUCUCGCAGCCUGACUACAGACAUCCAGGACAGUGACCUGGAGGACAUCGAGAUGUGUCGCCUCAUCAAUGACCGCAUCAUGACAGUGGAAAGGAACUUCCUGUCCCCCUACGUUUCUCCCAGAGAUAGUCCUUUCCGUCACAUCCUGCUCGGCUCUGGCCCCCACACCCUCAAGGGUCUGGCCAACCACCUUGACGCCCUCAGAGUGAACAGCCCCGAGGCAGACACUGAUGUGUUCCGCAACGAGUUUGCCCUGGCGACCUGGACCAUUCAAGGCUGCGCCAACUCGCUAGCAGGCGACAUCUGGUCUUUGGAUAAUGAAAUCUAAAAAAAAAAAAAAAAAGAAAAAGAAAAGAAGUGCUAACCGCCCUUCGUUCAUGGUAUGGCCCUCCCAUCACAACUGACAGUGUAACAACAGUCCUCUGUUGUGAUUAACUAACAGUUUUGGCUAUUUCGAUUAAACAUCAAGCUAUAUCUAAAUGGAUACUUACAUCAUAGUCAUCACCACUACUCUAACAUUGAAUUGAGCUGCUUCAUAAAGCCAAACAUUAAUGAUACAACAUACAUAAGCCUUUUGCCUUAAAAAAAUAGAUUUCUUUUUUUUUUUUUUGGGUAAAGAACAAAAUCUUAAAUCUGAAAAUGUGGUGAUUUACCACAGUCUUGAAUUCUUUGGUGCUAUUAACUACCUUCAGAUGCUCAUAUUCUGUGAACGCAUUUAAUUGGUACUGCCUCUAAAUGAGUUGAAUGUAGGGAUUUUUAUUUUAAUUUUUCUUCCAGUACAGUAUUGGGCAAGAGCUCAGAUACCAAAACAUCUAUAAUUCCAGUACUGCUGUAAGCUAAUUAUUUGUUUACCACAAUAAUUACAAUUCCUAACGUCUGGCGUUUCCUCUGCUGCUGGAGCCUGAUGUUCAGACCUGGGCCAAUGUUCUGUGCUGGACGUGACUACAUAAGUCACUAUUAGAGAUUCUGAAAUUUCAAAAAGCAAGUUACAUAUACAUUACAAUUGUAUGCGAAAGUUAAAAUUCAGGCUGAUCUGUGCAGGCCUUUCAAAAAGCAAGGGAGAAGGUCUUCAACCAUGUGGCACUGAAACAAACCGUUUGUCUAUUUAUUGUGUUAUUUAUUUAUCAGUGGCAGGGUUCACUAUAAAUAGUUUUUUUUAUUGCCUUUUUAUAUAAAGUAUAAUUAUCGGAAGCAGUGCCUUCCAUAAUUAUGACAGUUAUACUGUCGAAAUGACAAAAGCAGCAUCUGCUUAGGGAAGUGUACAUGUUGACCGACGACCAGUACCGACCAGAGCAAUCGGGUUCACCUCUGAGUCAUUAUCUUUUCCUACAUAACUGACACUAGACUGGCGUUUUCACAACGCCAGCUCACAUAUCACACCUAACAAUACUUACUGAACACUUCUGGGCGUCUCACCGGUACCACGUCUUUGGUUCAUGUACACUUCUCGACCUGAAAACAUUAUCGGGAGCAGUGUCUUCCAUAAUGUGAAAAAAAGAAGGUAGUUUUUGCCUACCAGUGGGUGUCCGUAUCGGAGGCAGUGCCCUCCAUAUUUCACUGUAGGAGUGGAUGUUUUUAUUAUCGGGAACAGUGUUUCCCAUAAUGUGUAAAUACAUUGCAUAGCUUACAGUAUGCACGUUCGCAUCUUUACGUCCCUUUUGUGUUUCCAUGCUAAUGCUUCCACAGUUUCCUCAGACAGAGUGAGGCCUGAGCUUGUGUUGACAGAUCAGCAUCUGUCUCUUUGGGAAGAUAAAGAAGCAUAUCUUUAGUGAGAGGUUGAUCUUGUUUUAAUCAAAUGCUGGUAUUGUUUUGUCUUUUCUUUGCUGCGUAUGCAACUAAUAUGGAAAGAGAGUUCCUUUAAAGGUGUACUAGGGGGUAUUUGUUUGUUCUGUUGCGUAAACACAACAUUAAAUCCUGGCCAGUGAGCCCUGGUUCAUCAGUCUAAAGAGAAACGUGGGAGUUGAGCUAGACAGUGAAUGAAGAGAGGGAGCAGUGUUUUCGAUUGUUUCAUAGAGAUUACGUUCUACAGCACAAGCUAACAUGACCACACUUCUAAACAGGGCUUGCUUUGGCGGAUUUUGUGUUGUGAGUGGCACUUUACCGACUGCCCUGAGAUCGCAGCCCUCACACUUCUAGUGGCUGAUGUUUGAGAUAGAUUACUUUUUGAGAGUAUGUAAAUUGUUUUUAUUUUAGGAUGAACCUACCUGGUAUACCUUUAAAGAGGAGCCUUUGGGACCACUCACAGCGGUGUGGUCCAAUGUUUCCAUUAACACCACCACUCUGCGUUAUGGAUUUAGUUUCUGAUGAUUCACUCGGUGUGAUAGUACGUACUUCUAUUUUGAUGUGUUCUUCUCGAGAUUAAUUUUGUGCCUUUCUCCUUUGUGACUGCAUAAUACAGCUGAGAUUCUACACUGAGUACUUAAAGGGGUUUUAGAGUUUCUUGUUUGGCUUGUUUUGGUGUUUUUUUUUCUUCCCAUUGUCUGCUACAAUCAGUUGUUACUGGUUUAUAAGCCUGUUGAGCUCCAACACCAUUAGAUAAAGUUAUCAGAAGAAUUGGGGGGAAAAAAAACUGAUGUGAAUGGAUUCAAAAUUACAGAAUAAAUGUUGCACUACUUAACAGAGCCCUCCUUUCUGUAGCUGAUCUGAAGUUUAUUCACACUGUCACUGUUUUUAAUUGAAAUAUGUAAAGCAACCAUAGAUUUUUUUUUUUAUUAUUGUUUUAGUCCAGCAACCAUUUUAAGAUCAAUCAUUUUGAGUGAUUGGAUAAAUAUUCUAAUAUAUUCUGAGCUACUCUGAGUCAUGUGUGGCAGUUUAAGUUGUACUUCAGAUAUCUGCAACUGGUGCACCCACAAAAAUGUUAUCAACAGUCAAGACACAAUCUUAAAUAAGUUUCUGUUUAUUUGGAGGUCAUUCAAAAUUCUGACAACAUGGAUAAAGGGUGUGUUUGAAAAUUGUCCAAGUAUUGUGCUUUUUCUCCCUCAAACUGUAUACAAGUCUGCUUAGCUUUACUUUUUUUGUUGCUGCAAUAAACAAUCACAUGUGUUUAAA